CCUCCUGUCCCUUUGCCUCUCUCUCUCUCUCGCUCUCUCGCUCGCGCUCUCGUCUGUCCUGUUCCUGGCUGCCCGACUCGACUCGUCCGUCCCGUGCCCCGUGCUCCUCUCACCGCUGCUGCGCUGUCCCGCGCCCCAGCUCCCCUUCCCUCCCCACAUGUCCGCACCCACCUCUGCCGCGCCGCCCACGGCGCCACGCCGCGGCGGCUAUGCCCGUCGCGGCGCGGCGCCUCGCUCUGCGGCCGCACAAGCCCCCGCCGCGGCCUCGGCCGCGCAGCCCGACGACACGGAGGAGGUGCGCGCGCUGCGGCACAAGUACGGCGACAAGCUGGCGCUGCUGCGCGAGCUCUUCGCCGAGUGGACCGACGAGGACCUGCUCUUUGCGCUGCAGGAGAGUGCCGGCGAGCUCGAGCUGGCCGUCGGCCGGAUCAGCGAGGGCCACGCCGAGCAGUUCUCGUCGGUCAAGUCCAAGAAGCAGACCAAGAAGGAGGCCGUCGGCUCCGGCGUCGCCAGCCCCGCGCCGGCACCGGCCCUCACGGGUGCGCCGGCCGUGCGUGGUGCGCUGCGUGGUGCGCCGCGCGGUGCCGCCGCAGUGCGUGGAGCUCGUGGAGGCGCUCGCGGCGGCAUGCGCGGUGGUCUGGGCGGCCGUGGCGGCGGCAUUGCGCCGCAGGCAAACGGCCACAUUGCACCGGCGGCCGCAGCGAGCGUGGCGCCGACGACGACGCAGCCGACGAGCACGGGCACGAGCUGGGCACAGGCCAUUGCUGCGGCACAGAAGAAGCCGGCCGCUGCCGCUCCCGCCGCUGAGGCCUCCAACGAGGCAGGCUCCUCGGCGGCUGCGGCGGACGCCGCUGCAUCGGCACCCGGCGGCUGGGGCGACGACACCGAGGGUCUGUCGUCGAGCGCAGCGCCCGCAAAGCAGGCCGAGAAGGCCGCGCCGGCUGAGGAGGCCGCUGCGCCCGCCAAGAGCGAGGCGCCGGCAGUCAAGAUGCCGGCUGCGGCAAGUGCAGCGCCCGCAACGAGGACUUGGGCACAGAUCGCUCGGCCCGCCGAGAAGCCAAAGCCAGCACCCGCGCCGGCGCCGGUCGCCGCGCCUGCUGCGCCCGCCGCCUCUGCGCCCGCGCCAGAGGUGCAAGAGUCUGUGGAGCAGGCCAGCUGGUCGAUCGAGGAGCCGGCAAAGCAGGAGGAGGCUGCUCCCGCUGCCGAGGCCUCCGUGCCGGAGCCCGAGCCUGCCGCCGAGGAGCCUGCAGCUCAGGCUCCUGCGCCCGAGCCGGCGGCCGAGGAGCCCGCGUCCGUCGCUGCGUCCGAGUCCGCCGAGCCCGCCGCUGCUGCGCCCUCUGCGCCUGCCGCGACUGCCGAGUCGGCGGCCUCUGCCGUGCCGGCGCACCUCGGCGGAGCGGCCGCGUCGUCGAAGCAGCCGUCGUUCGGCCGCUCGGGCUUCAGCCAGCGCGCCGUGCAGCGCUCCAAGCAGGAGCAGGCCGUCGUGAUGCCGGGCGACCGCUCCAACCUCGACAGCCUCGGCAUGCAGUUUGGCAACAUCAACUUCCUCGGCGGCGAGGACGAGGCCAACGGCGCCGACACGUCCAUCGAGGCUGCCGCACCCGCCGCUGAGCCUACGCCCGCCGCAGCGGCGCCCGAGCCGACGCCUGCACCCGCUGCUGCGCCUCAGUCGCCGCCGCAGGCCAGCAUUGCGCAGCAGGCCUCGUCGUCGCCCGUUGCGCAGCGCACGCAGCAGCCGCAGGCACAGCCGCAGCAGCACCAGCAGCAGGCCGCCGACCGCUUCGGUGCGCCGCAGCAGGCUGCCGCUGCCCCGCAGGCGCCGUCGCAGCCGCAGCAGGCGCCGCAGGAUGCGUUUGGCCAGCAUCAGGCGUACGGAGGCUUCAAGUCGGACGCCUUCUCCUCGCCGGCGCACGGCUUCGCGCAGCAGGCUCAGCAGCAGCACGCCUACGGCCAGUCUGCACAGCAGCAGGCUCAGCCGCAGCAGCAGCACGACCAGUACAGCGCCUUCAACGCCGCCUCGCAGCAGGCACAGCCGCAGCAGCAGCAGGGCGGCAACCAGUUCCAGGACUACGGCAUGUACGGCGGCCUCGAUGCGCAGCGCCUGGCCUCCUUCUACGGCGGCUACGACCAGCAGUCGGCCAACAGCGCGUUUGGCGCGCGUGCCGGCGAGGACCGCUCGCAGCAGCAGCAGCAGCAGCAGCAGCAGCAGCAGAGCUCGGCGCCCUCGGAGCAGGGCGCGCAGCAGGCGCAGCCGCAGUCGCAGCAGGCACCCACGGGCCCUGCGGGCCUGCAGCAGCAGCAGGCGCCGGCGCCGGCGCAGCAGCAGCAGUUCCCCGGCGUCAUGCCGUACUACUAUCCGCACCACUACUACCUGCCCAACCAGUUCCAGCACUACGCGCAGCCCACGGCGGGCUACCAGUACCUCUACGGCGCACAGCCGCAGCAGCAGCAGGCGCAGCAGCAGCACGCGAGCAAGCCCGGCACUCCGGCCAGCAUGCAGUCGCCGUACUCGGGCCCGGAGAGCGCCUACGGCUCGCAGGCACAGUACGGCCAGUCGCCGGCUCCGUCGAACCUCGGCGGCGCAGCGGCCUCGUACGAUGCGCAGGGCUUCGGCCAGCAGCGCGGCGCCAUCCCCGGCAUGCCCAACCUUGGCGGCGCCAACUCGGCCGCGGCGUCCGACUACUCGAAGAUCUACGGCGGCGCCUCUGCCGGCGGCAUCCCGGGCCUCGGCGGCUUCCUGGGCCAGGGCGCCGGCAGCGGCGCUCCGCCUUCGCAGCCGGCUGCCUCCAACGGCGCAAGCAACGGCGCCAGCGGCACGCCGCAGCAGCAAAAGGCCACUGCCGGCGGGCAGCAGCAGGCGCAGCAGGCGCAGGGCGGCAUGGACGCCUACCGCGGCUACGACUCUUCCAAGUCGGCCUCGGCGCAGCAGGGCGCCGGCGCUGCGGGCUCGCAGCAGCAGGGUGCAGCUCAAGGCCGCCAGGGCGCGCCGCACCAGCAGGGCGCGCAGCAUGCGACGCCGCAGCAGCAGCACAUGCAGCAGGCGCAGGCGCACCAGCAGCAGCACCAGCAGCAGCACCAGCAGCAGCAGCAGUACUACCAGCAGCAGCAGUACGGCGCCUACGGCCACCAGCCGAGCGCCUCGGCCUCGUACGGCGCCUACCCCGCCUACGGCAGCCGGCAGUACUGGGGCCAGUGAGCGCUGCUCGCAUGCUCUUGGCCUAAGCUAGGAUCGUCGGCGUGCCCCGAGUGUGCGACUUGCCUCGUGCGGACGAUCCAAGCCAGCCCCAUCUGUCAUGACUGCUCCCCCCUGCAGCCCGCGGGGCGAUG